CUUGCGAUGGUUUCCAAGCAGUGUUGAAGUUAUUUCCUUUGCGUGUCCAAGUACUAAGUGCCGGUACUGUAGCAGGAGAGCGACGGUGAGUAUCAUUCCUCGGAGUUUUACUAGAGGUUCUGUCAAAAGUCAAAAGCUUGUUGUAGAUGAUGUUGUGGUUGUGGUACAUGUAUGUAGCAACCGUGCUCCGCAACAGUUUACUGUGCUUGUUUUCUUCUAAGAAAGAUCUAGCUUUGAUCCAGUCAGAAUUCACCUAGCGAAAGGAUACAGCGCCAAUUAUCACGAAACUUGACGAAGGAGGCCCUGAUAAAAAUGGUUGUUCUUGCUAUCUAAGUCAGAGUUAGAGUUACCUCUUAUGUUGGAAGGUUGAUACUCUGCAUGGACACUCGAUGAUUUGGAAAAUCAAUCGUUUAUUAAAAGUGGAUGUGCCCUCUUUCAAAGCAUCACAGAAGAGUGCAACCUUGAGCGAACGGAAGAGUGCUCACAAUUCUCGUUCCAAGAUCUUGGAGACCUCCAACAAUUGAACCUACCAUCUCACAAAAGCAAUCUUUAUCAUGACAGUUCCAAACAUCAUUGUUGUUGUGCAGGAGGAUGAAUCCGACUUGGACUCUGUUGUCACUUUCACAGAAGAAGAUUUGGAAAUGUGGGAAGAGAUUUUUGUUUCAACAACACCAACGGGGUUGCUAGGCCUUCCCAGGUAUCCCCGGCGCAGACCAAGCGUGAAGACUGAAAAGAAUUCGUCCAAGAGUCGAUCUCCUCCAGGACUCCCUAAACGUCAGGCUAGCGGUCUAUCUCUGGGCUCCUCCUCUGCAGCCAACGACGAGGCUGAUGAACCCUUGGCGCCCCCACGGGAAAUUGAAAAGAUUGAAGAUCUGAGGUCCAGCUGGGUGCCUUCUCCGCCCAAACGACGAGCUACGUUUGUGUUCAAGGAUUCGGUCUUUGAAUACAUUAAUGUCCUUGACUUCAGUGACGACGAAGACGAAGACGAACCCGAAAGCACCUCUCUGAACACGGACGAGUCGAGUCCGGCAAGAAGAAGACGCUUCCACCGUUCAAGUCAACUGGUUCCCCCGAAGCCACCACGACGUCAACCGAGCAUGAGCAGUGAAGACGAAAAGGUUGCCGUCUUCUUCGAGAGUCGGGUGGGUGGAAUGACUCGAAUAAUGCCACGGAUUCCCUCUGCAAGAAGUGCUUAGUAAUGAUGUCAACUAGAGAGCUUAAUUAAAGGGGAAUAUGUAACAUGGUAUUCAAAUACAAA